AUGGUUCGAAUAAACCAAGUCACCGAAGAAUUUAAUUCAAAAAUAAUUACAGGAUUUGAGGAAACAGCCGAGCAUAGAUUUUGGAAGCCGAAUGACUCUUACAACCUGAGAAACUACAUUGAACCGUUUAAGGACACGGCAUUGAUUAUGCCAUCUGGUCUAUGUAAACAAAAAUCAUUACUGACUAUUUUUGUGGCGUCGCGUGUAGAUGGAUUCCAGACGCGAAAAGUAAUACGAGAAACCUGGGGCAAUACGUCCCGUUUUAACUAUCCAGAAUUUAACAAAAUGCAUGGUCACCUUAAAGGAUUAUAUUAUCCUUUAUUAGAAAGUCGGUUGGUUCUAUAUGCGGAGCACUUAAGGAGGAAAAAUUAUAGCCUGUUCGCUAUGGUUGAAAUUGUAUUCAUAGUUGGGCGGAGCACAUCACCAAACCCGGACUUCAUCUUGAGGCAACUUCAGCAAGAGGCGGAUCACUAUAAUGACAUCAUUCAGGAGGAUUUCCUCGACACAUACUACAACCUUACUCUGAAGUCUGUUUUAGCCCUAAAACAUGUCAACAAUAAGUGCUUCAACAGUUCAGCCUACUUUCUUAAAACGGAUGAUGACUGUUUUGUAAAUGUUCCAAACCUAAUACACAUUCUGCUCGGUGGGACUAUUCCUGCUUACAAGUCGCAUCGCAAAAAGCAAGAUAGACUUACGGCAACCAGAGGAGUUUUGAUGGGACACGCGUUUAAUAAAAACAAACCAAUUCGAUAUUGCUGCACAAAAUUUUAUGUGCCCAAGUAUAUUUACCCAGGCUCCAUGUUCCCAAAAUAUUUGUCCGGUUCGGGGUAUCUUAUGUCGAUAGAUGUGGUUCGGCGAUUGUAUGAGGCUGCCUGGAGUACGAGAAUGAUUCACAUUGAGGACCUCUUUGUUACGGGGUUAUGCUCUUUAGCUGCUGAAGUGAAUCCGGUAAAAAGUCCACUAUUUAUUUUAAACAACUCACAUAAGACCUGCUUUAUAAAAGGAAGUGUUGUUCAGCAUGAUGUUGGGAUCUCCAGAAUAAAAAAUGUAUUUAAUAGAUUUACAAAUAAUAAAACAAUCUGUCCGAUUAAAUCUUCCGUUCCUAUAGUUUAAUAUACAAGUUGUGUGUUAGGAAUUCUAAAAAAUAUUU